AUGUCGAACGAUACGAGUCCAGCCUUCGUCGAGCCCUAUCCGGGUUGGGCUGAUGAGAACAAGGGGCCUCUCAUUCUUACUGUCACCGGCACACUUACUGGCGUGACUGGCCUCUUUGUUGUUGGGAGAAUCUACAGUCGCCUCAUCUCCCAGGGGAGAUUGGCUAUUGAUGAUUAUAUCAUCGUCAUUUGCGUUUUUCUCAGUAUCGCUUAUGUGAUUCUCGCAUCCUUCGCAAUCAAGUAUGGUGGAGGGCGACAUCUGUUAACACUCCCACCAGACUACGUCCCGAAGGCGAUCUACUAUACAGUGGUCUCCUUUGUGCCGGGCGUCCUGUCGUUUACCAUUCCGAAGCUUGCCGUCGUCAUCCUGCUGGCCAAGAUCCUCGACCCAAGCCGACUGCACAAAAUCAUCAUGUGGAUUAUCUCGAUCCUUUACGUCAUGCUCUCGAUCGGUAUGCUUGUCAUCAACUUUGUCCAGUGCAAUCCCCCGUCGGCACAGUGGAACGGGCCGAUCGAGAAGUGCUGGAACAGAAAGAUCACAGUCGACUAUGCCAUGACCCUGGGUAUCUGCUCAGUGCUUUUCGACUUAUACUUGGCCGUGUAUCCGACAAUCGUGCUUUCAAAGCUUCAACUGAAUUGGAAGAAGAAGCUGGGCUUGUCGGCUGCGUUGGGCUUCGGUUAUUGUGCCGCGGCCAUUACUUCUUACAAGUGCUACACCCUCGACGGCCUUUCGUCAUUGGUUGACUUCACUUAUGCUGUCGAUGAUGUCGUCCUCUGGACAAAUAUCGAGGGUAAUUGCGUGCUCAUUGGAGCAUGCAUCCCGACUCUCUUCCCGCUUAUCAAGAAGAUCUUCGGCGCAUCAGCCCUCGGCAGCACGCCCAGGCGGAGCGAUCGAAAACAAACUGGAGGUCAAAACAACAGCACUAUCGUUACUAUCGGCUCCUAUCCGAAGGGCAAGAAACGCACCAAGAGCGGCACGCUGGGCAUGACGGCACUCGACACGGUCGACGAGGAUGCGGGCAAAUACAUCAUCUUGGAGGAGCGGUCCUUCCACACCAGCACCACCGAGCUGCGCGCAGAGGAGGCUGCUCAGCUCCAAGAACAGCUACGGGCGACGAAGCAGCCAGGGUGGUGGGCGGCGGUGGGUUGGUCUCAGAGCGACGACCGCAAGAUCAAGUCUAUUGCUAACACCAUGAGAAGCUGGGCCUUGCUUGGAGGGAUAACCCUCCUUCCUACUCUGGGCGUCCAGGGCAUCCGCAUCAUUCACUCCAAUGAUGACGGAUGGGCCGAGCUGUACACCCGGUCGUUCUACGACGCCCUUGUCUCCUCCGGUCAUGACGUCGUCUUGUCCGCUCCGGCAGAGAACAAAUCCGGAUCAGGAUCCCUCGACCUCGACCCCUGGCCACGCCUCCUCCCUUGUCAAUACAACAGCUGUCCGGCCAACAGCGGACGCACUGGCCGCAACGAGUCUUCUCCCCGCUUGAACUGGGUCAACUCCUUCCCCGUCACCUCCAUCCGCUACGGAAUCAACGAAAUCGCUCCCCAGUUCUGGAACGGGCAGCUCCCCGAACUGGCGGUCACCGGUCCUAACGUAGGCAGCAACAUCUACCUCGCCGACCACAUCUCCGGCACAGUCGGCGCGGCCACCUACGCCGCAAAGAAGGCUAAAAUCCCCGCGAUCGCGUUCUCCGGAAAAUCGACGGGCACGCUUGCGUGGAACACGUCGCCGGUGCCGCAGCGCAGCCUGGUGUACGCAGACCUAGCGGCGAACCUGACUAAUGCAGUGAUCUCCAGCGGCAAGCCGUACCUGCCGGAGGAUGUGUUCCUUAACGUAAACUUCCCCGAGGUCAGUGAGAGCUGCAACUCUCCCGGGAAGUUUAAAUGGGUGUUGAGCCGGGUUAACCUGGGUGUGUUUUCUGGGGAUGACGUUGAGUGGUGUGGUAGCAAGCGGUUGCCUUCUGAGCUGGAGGUUACUGCCAAGAGCGGGUGCUAUAUUUCGGUGAGCGUGGGGGAUGCGAAUGACAAGACGACUGCUCCGGCUGAAAAGCAGGCGAUUGUGUUGCAGAAGUUGCAGCAUAUGCUGACAUGCUUGCCUUGA